AUGCCAGCCUCUCAACGUCGUAUACGAAACUUGAGAAGAACUGUUCUUAAAUCAUGCGACAGUAAAAGGGUCGGUGGAGAUGACGUCCUCGUCAACACGAGUAUGGCAAAGAACAUCGACUCUUUUGAACAACUUACGACCCGAAUCGGAUAUCUGUGGGAGAGAAGAUGUGGUUCACUGCCAGCUUUGACUAUCUCUGACGCUUACGCCCCAACAUCAAGCUACGGACAAGAUGAAGAAACUUCCUAUAUGGACCUGCAGAAGUUUUACAGAGGAGACCAUACUUUCUAA